AUGGCAAAUGCAGAAUCUCCUCAUGUACAACACGAUAUUUCUCCAAUCAAGGAAAAUGAGGAGAAGCCAAAUCCUGUUGCACCAGCUCCAGAACCUAAGCUACCUGCGCGGAAAGAUGCCUCUUUGAAAGAUUUUCUGUCGAAAAUGGAUGAUUAUGCGCCCAUUAUUCCAGAUGCAGUUACGAAUUAUUAUCUUACUAAAGCUGGCCUCCCUCCUCCACCACAGACCGAUCCUCGACUUGCUCGCCUUCUUGCGCUUGCAACACAGAAAUUUAUCGCCGACAUCGCUGCGGAUGCCUAUCAGUAUUCUAGAAUUCGAUCUUCAAACUCAUCUAAUGCCAAUAAUCCUAUGAGUAAUCUUGGGGCUGCCGCAGGAUUCCCUGUGCCAGGACAGCCUGCCGCAGCUCCAGGUAGCAAGGAGCAACAAGGCCGCGGUGGACCUCUAGGGAUUCAACGUCCUGGUUACGGAGGCGGAGGACAAGGCGGAAGCCAAAAUAGAACAGUUCUUACCAUGGAAGAUCUUGGUAUGGCAGUGGGGGAGUACGGAGUGAACGUCAAACGAGGAGAAUUCUAUCGGUAA